AUGUUGAACAUGAGCCUUGUUAUGAUCAGUGAGAAUGUAAAGCUGGCCCGUGAAUAUGCCUUACUGGGAAAUUAUGACUCUGCGAUGGUCUACUACCAGGGAGUUCUUGACCAAAUGAAUAAGUGUCUCUACUCUGUCAGAGAUACGUAUCUGCAACAGAAAUGGCAACAGGUUUGGCAACAGUUAAGUGUGGAAGCUAAGCAUGUGAAAGAUAUAAUGAAAACACUAGAGAGUUUUAAACUAGACAGUACUCCAUUGAAAGCUUCACAACAAGAAUUACCAGCUCAUGAUGCAGAAGUCUGGUCUUUGCCAAAAAAAAACGAAAUAUUCCUGAACUUAAACUUAACUGAUGGACCUUCGCCAGGACCCAGAAAACGUCAGUCUGCUCAGUGCAGUGAUUGCAGAGGUCACAGUAAUCGUGUAAGUGCGGCUGUCAGAGGCUCUCACCGACCAUCCUCUCGAAAUCCCAGUGAUAAAGGGAAGGCGGUCCGCAGCCGGGAAAAAAAGGAUCAGCAAAAUAAAGGAAAAGAAGAAAAGAACAAAUCCACAUCUGAGAUUUCAGAGUCUGAACCAAAGAAAUUUGAUAGUACUGGAUAUGAUAAAGAUUUAGUAGAAGCUUUGGAAAGAGAUAUAAUUUCUCAGAAUCCCAACAUUCGAUGGGAUGACAUUGCUGAUUUAGUAGAAGCCAAAAAGCUGCUUAAGGAAGCGGUAGUUUUACCGAUGUGGAUGCCGGAGUUUUUUAAGGGAAUUAGAAGACCAUGGAAGGGUGUGCUGAUGGUCGGUCCUCCUGGUACCGGAAAGACCCUCCUUGCAAAAGCUGUAGCCACUGAAUGCAAGACUACUUUUUUCAACGUUUCUUCUUCCACACUUACCUCAAAAUACAGAGGAGAAUCUGAGAAACUUGUUCGUCUACUGUUUGAAAUGGCUCGAUUUUACGCCCCGACAACUAUAUUUAUUGAUGAGAUAGACUCUAUUUGUAGUCGCAGGGGAACCUCAGAGGAACAUGAAGCGAGCCGACGUGUGAAGGCAGAACUGCUAGUUCAAAUGGAUGGUGUUGGAGGGGCUACUGAAAAUGAUGAUCCUUCCAAGAUGGUCAUGGUACUCGCUGCUACUAAUUUUCCUUGGGAUAUUGAUGAAGCCCUAAGACGGAGACUAGAAAAGAGAAUUUACAUUCCUUUACCAUCAGCAAAAGGUAGAGAGGAACUCCUAAGAAUAAAUCUGCGAGAGCUGGAACUGGCUGAUGAUGUUGACCUUGCAAAUAUAGCUGAGAAAAUGGAGGGUUAUUCAGGUGCAGACAUUACCAACGUAUGCAGAGAUGCGUCACUGAUGGCUAUGAGAAGGCGUAUUGAAGGCUUGACACCAGAAGAAAUAAGAAACCUUUCCCGAGAUGAAAUGCACAUGCCGACAACUAUGGAAGACUUUGAAAUAGCUUUGAAGAAAGUUUCUAAAUCUGUAUCUGCUGCGGACAUUGAGAAAUACGAGAAAUGGAUAGUUGAAUUUGGAUCAUGCUGAGUUGUCUUAUCUUGAAGAAACCACCUUGCAUCUUAAAACAGCUUUAGAAGUAGAGUGUCAGUGCACUGCCUGCUCUUUUUAACUUUUAAUUUAAGAGCAACAGUUGUCGAAAUAAAUUUUUUUAAAAUGCAAA